AUGAUGAGGGGGACAGUGCAGCAGCAGCAGCAGCUGCUGCUGCUGCAACAACAGCAGCAGCAAAAGCAGUUGCUGCUGCUGCUGCUACAGCUCUUACGACAACAGCAGCAACAGCAGCAGCAGCAACUACAGCAGCAGCAGCAGCAGCAGCAGCAGCAAGAGCUGUGUUUAGUCCCAGGCCGGUGCUGCUGCAGUCACUGUUUCGAUGGGGGGGCCUUGCUGCUGUCUCUGCACCCUGCAGCAGCAGCAACAGCAGCAGCAGCAACAGCAGCAGCAGCAGCAGCAGCAACAGCAGCAGCAGCAGCUGGAGAGUUUCUCUUUGGGAUGUAUCUACGCCUCAUAGGGAGCAGAGGCGGUGGAGGUUUGCGCCUUGCUGCUGUGGAAGGGAAACAAAUGGAGGGAAGAUACAGGUCAGCUGCAGCAGCAGCAGCAGCAGCAGCAGCAGCAGCAGCAGCAGCAGCAGGAGCAGCAGCAAGAGUAGUAGGAGCAGCAGCAGAAGCAAGAGUAGUAGGAGCAGCAGCAGCAACAGAAGCAGGAGCAGCAGCAAGAGUAGUAGCAGCAGCAGCAAGAGUAGUAGGAGCAGCAGCAAGAGUAGUAGGAGCAGCAGCAGCAGCAGCAGCAGAAGCAGCAGCAGCAAGAGUAGUAGGAAAAGCAAGAGUAGUAGAAGCAGCAAGAGUAGCAGCAGCAACAGCAGCAGCAGCAACAGCAGCAGCAGCAAGAGCCGUAGGAGCAACAGCAGCAGCAGCAGCAACAGCAGCAACAGUAGAAGCAGCAGCAGUAGUAGCGACAGCAGCAGCAGUAGUAGGAGCAGCAGCAGCAGCAACAGGAGUACCACGAGGUGAAGGGUAUGGGCCGGCGCAAGGAGAAGUGGUGGAGCCCCAACGAACGGGAGGAACAGCAGCAGCAGCAACAGCAACAGCAGCAGCUGUAGCAGCAGAGAUAGGAGCAGCAGCAGCUGCUGCUGCAGGAGCAGGAGCUGCAGGAGCAGCAGCAGCAGCAACAGCUGUAGCAGCAGCUGCAGGAGCAGCAGCUGGUGGUGGUGCUGCUGCUGGUUCUGGUGGUGUGCUGCAGCAACAGCCGCAGCAGCAACAGCAGCUGUAA